AUGAAUGACAUGCGCCCCCUCGCACACACGAUCAUCUCGAUCCUGUUUGUCUUGACCUACAUUACGAUUCCGAUGCGCAUUUGGGUCCGUGGAGUGUCAAUGAAGUCGUUUGGUUGGGAUGAUUGGGUCAUGACGAGCAUGCUUAUCCUCUUUCCCGGCCAGGAAGCUCUGCUCACAUUCUUUUUGAUGAAAGGUGCCGGCUUGCACCUUGAACAAGUCAUAGCAGAAGACCCAGGGCAGGUAACCCAUCUUCUCAAGGGGCUGCUGGCCGAAGAGUUUUACUAUGUCACCCUGCAAUUCCUCGUCAAGAUGUGCUUCCUGCUCUUCUUUUUCCGCCUGUCCCAAACCAGAGCCUUCGUCUGGAGCUUGUGGGCAGUCAUUGCGCUGAACUCUCUCGGCACCAUCGCCAUUCUGCUCUUCUAUGGCCUCCAAUGUUUGCCACUCGAGGCCUUCUACUACCCCGAACGUCACCCUGAUGUCAAGUGCAUCAACGCGAAAAUUACAUAUUUUUUUCCAUUUACCCUGAUUUUCUUAGUCGACGUCUGCAUUUUGAUUCUUCCCAUUCCCACAAUCAUGAGCCUCCAAAUGACCCUCAAACGAAAAAUCGCUGUCAUCAGCGUCAUCACCACCGGCGGCUCGGCCGUCCUCGCAGGUGGUCUGCGAGCAAUCAUCCUCAUGGAGUUCGCCAAGUCACCUGACUUCUCCUGGUCCCUCGGCAAGAUGGUCAUGAUGUCCGCCGUCGAGAUCGACCUGGGCAUACUGGCGGCCAACAUGCCCGCCCUCAAGGCCUUCUACAAGUGCUGGCGUGAGGGCAAGCUCGGCGCCGGCCAGGGCCAGUCGCUGGUCUACGGCGACUCGACCAAGGACUCCCGCGGCACGCGCAGCGGCGGCGUGGAGCUGAGCAGCGGAGUGUCGCGACCCAAGGCCGGACCGAGCGUGAAUACCGGGGUGAUGGAGCGGCUGCCCUCGACGGAGAGCGAGGAGAAGCUGUGGGAUCUGCCCAAGCAGAAGCCCAAGAAGGCCGAGUACGAGAGCUCCUGGCGCAGCGCGGAGGCCUCGUCCUGA